CCAAAUCCGACCUCCUGGAGAAACCAUGUCUCAGCACCUUUGGGUGUCACCUAUUGUGCCAGACGCUUGCCACUUCACGAGAGGAUAUGCCGUUUGAAUUCUCCGUGAAGUUUGGGAGGAGGAAUGCCAGAACUGCCGGCUGAAAGUUAUCCAUACGAGAAACAUGUAGGCUGGGGACCCUGAAUCACGUACCCCGGGAUGGACUUUCUGGUUCUCUUCUUGUUCUACCUGGCUUUGGUGCUGGUUGGUGUUGUAAUGAUCUGCAUCUGCUGGAAAACCCAGUACUUGAAUGGCCUGGGUUCGGGAGGAGCACAGGUAUUUUCCUAUAUAAUUCCAGAAUGCCUUCAGAGAGCCAUGCUAAGAUUGCUUCAUUACCUCUUUCAUACACGAAACUACACCUUCAUUAUCCUGCAUCUUGUCUUGCAAGGGAUGAUUUAUAUUGAAUAUACCUGGGAAAUACUUGGCUACUGUCAAGAGCUGGAGGUCUCCUUGUAUUACCUCCUUCAGCCCUACCUGCUGUUGAUUGUAAACCUGGUGUUUUUCACCCUAAGCUGUGUAAGCAACCCUGGUACCAUAACAAAAGAAAAUGAAUCAUUGUUUCUUCAAAUUUAUGAAUUCGAUGAAGUGAUGUUCCCAAAGGACACAAGGUGCUCUACUUGUGACUUAAGGAAACCAGCUCGGUCCAAACACUGCAGUGUGUGCAAUCGAUGCGUGCACCGUUUUGACCACCACUGUGUUUGGGUGAGCAACUGCAUUGGGGCUUGGAACGCCAGGUACUUCCUCAUCUACCUCUUGACGUUGACAGCCUCAGCUGUCACAAUGGCCGUUAUGAGCACUGUGUUUCUGGUCCAGUUGGUGUGGUCGGACUUAUACCUGGAAACAUAUGUGGAUGACCUUGGACACUUACGAGUUAUUGACAUCAUUUUUCUUAUCCAGUACCUGUUCCUGACUUUCCCAAGGAUUGUCUCCAUGCUGGGCUUUGUCGUGGUGCUGAGCAUCCUUCUCGGAGGCUACCUGUGCUUUGCUCUGUACCUGGCCGCCACCAACCAAACCACUAAUGAGUGGUACAGAGGUGACCAGGCCUGGUGCCAGCACUGCCCCCACGUUGCAAAGCCCUGGAUCUACCGGAACAUCCACUCCCACGGGUUUUGGAGCAACCUUCGAGAGAUCUUUGUACCUGCUGCUGCACAAGUUGAGAGAAAGAAGAAAUAACAAUGGAAAGUGUUACUGCCUUUUAAAUACAGAUGUAUGGAUACUUAC